AUGCCGAGGGACACAUUUGAUCAGCUCGAGAUCAAGCCAGACCGGCUCAAGCCCACUUGGAAUCCUUUGCUAAGGUUUGAUGGAAAAAGAGCGGAGCCCAUCGGUAUGGUGGAAGUAGCAGUGCAUACUACAGAGAGGGUUCUGAUGGAAAGCUUUGUGGUUGUCGAGAUCCAUCCUUCUUACAACCUUCUGAUGGGCAGAUGGUGGACCCACAGAGUUCAAGGUGUUCCUUCCACUCUGCACCAAGUAAUGCGAUACUUGGGGCUAGACGGCACCAAGGUGAUUGACAUUCAUGGGGACCAAGUUGCAGCUAAGGAAUGUUAUUCAGUGACACUGAAAUCCGCUGGGAAAGGAAAAGCACCUGUCCGAUCGGCGAGCCCGAAAUAG